AUGACCCAAAAAUCGGCGGCGGCGAUUUUUUCGCUGCUCGCCGUGCUCGUCGGCGAAGUCGCCGGCCUCGUCUGCCCCAUUCCGACCGUCGCCGGUGGUUUGUUCAUUUUCCACAUUUUUUCCCCUUUCUGUUUAUUUAUAUUAUCCUAUCCCGUCCCAUCUUUCCAUCUUAAAAGCUGGCUUCCAGAUGUUUCUGGAAAACGGAGGAAGAACGUACGCUUUUAACGGCUUUACAAUUCCUAUCGAAUCUUUUUUUUUCUCCUUUGAGUUAAAAGAAACAGGUGGAAGAUAAAAAGUUUAAUGUUGUAUAUGAGUCAUAUUGAUGAGAAAUCGGUCUUAAAAAAAUUUUUUUCGAAAAAAAUAUUGAAAUAGUUCACAACUAAAUCUACUGAAAAUUGAAAUUCUUAGUACAUACUGCUACUCUCAUUUAUUCAACACUGACUUCUUACCUAAUUUAAAAAAAUUAGUCUGAAUUGAUACAUAAAAUUAUAAACGACUUGACUGGAACCGGAUCUCAUUUUCAGGUAUAACUCUUGUUUUAUUUUAAAUUUUUAUUUAAAAUUCGCGGAUCUUUUUCCAAUUGACUCAGAGCCAUUUCCGAACACUCCAACCUAAAAACUUUGAAAUUUUCAAUUUCUGUCCUGUACCGAAUCAACACCUUUCAAAACGUACCAAACUUUUAACGAUUCAAAAUAUAAACUGCCCAUUUCAUACCUUCACCGAAUGGAUAACUUACAAAACCACCAAUAUCUAUCCAUCCUCAACCUCAAAUUUGUAUCGGCUUCAACACUUUUAAAAAUGAAGUUUCCAGACCAUCAUGGAAUAAGAAACAUUUCAAAAACAUCUAUUUCUACCAGUUCUAGAAUCAAAUUUCUACCCUUUCAUUUGAAAUCGAAGCUCAAAAGGCUCUCGAGGCCUUACCUUCUAAAUCCACUUCUUUCUACCAUUUCCAAGUACAAUUUUUCACUAGUUCCAACUUAAAAUUAUCAACAUCAGGUCCCACUGAACCAAGUUCCUUCAAGUUAACCUAUGUAACCUCUAUUUAACUUUAAACUUCCCUUAAUCAGUACCUUCCAAUUCCACCAGCCACUAUCCACUCCCAACAUCAAACUCUUGCGAUUCCAACUCAAAACUCUCAAUUCCAGGCCUGCACCGGAACAAGACGUGUCCAGACUUCAAGGCCGACCCGACGUUCGUCCAUUGCUGCACCUCGAAGUUGCCGCCGACCAACACGCAGCUGCGGGAGAAGCACGGCGUCUACUGCUGCUCCCUGGCCGACUUCGAGAAGGAGCAGCAGGAAGCGGCGGCCGCCGAGUUCCGCGGCUUCGUCAAAGAGUCAGUUUCCCCUUCUUUUAUCAGCUUUUCCUGUUCUUUCGUGUUUCUUUGCCGCCCGUUUAUCAAGGUCCCGCCGAUGAUAUCACAUAAAUCGCUCCCUUUCCUUCGGGAUCUUUCUUCGUGUUUCUCUUGAGUUGAGAGGGAGGGAGAUAACUGAUAAAGUGGCUGCUUUUUUUGGGUUUUCAUUGGUUUUAUUUUUGGGUUUUAUUGGUUUUCAAAAUGAGAAACUUGAUUCAAAACAGUGACUCUAACCUUUAUUUUGUCAAAAGGUAUGAUUAAAAUCCAUUUUUUUCUAAUCUCUGAAAAAUUUUUCAAUUCUGAGUUUUAUUUAAUCAAAUUAACACAAAGACCCAAAAAAAGACCUAGAUUACUGUGAAACUCUCUCAUUAUUGCACACUAUCUCGCUGAUCGUUCCAGUACUCGUUUUCCAGUGAUUUCGAUGCUCCUUAAGUUUUUCCUAACUUUAGAAAAGUAUUUUUCACUGGGUAGGCUUCAAAAAUAAUCGAUAACGAUUUUUCUAGUCAGAGUAUCAAAAAUAAUCGAUUACGAUUUUUCUAGUCAGACUAUCAAAUUCUCAUCACUAUGCUUCAAAGUUAAAUAGAAUUUCUCCUAUCAAAAUUCUCAUCCCUUUCCAAAAAUGAAAAACGUCUUGUUUGGCGGAAUAUUUCAGUAAUCCCAACGCCUCGGGCUAUUUUUUCUCCUCUUUCUUGCUUGAAAGUUCAUUCAAACAGCCCUCUUAAGCUGUUAUUACCAAGUAGAGCUUGCAAAAAGAGGGAUUAAUUUUCCUGUUGAUGAUGGAAGCUUUCAAGUUCUUUAGACAACAAAAUAUAACGUUUUUUUGAGAAAAAGAAUCCAAAAAGCUCUGAUUUCCCCGACUGGAAAAUUACUAUUUUGACUUGUUCCUGAGGGGAAACAGUGUCAGAUUUCGUAACUCGAUACGAAAAUGGCCUCGAAAAACGAAUGUUUUCAGAUUUUUUGUCUAAUUUUCAACAGAAAAAUGGCCGAAUUUGAUGAGAAUUUCCAUUUUUUGCAACGGUCGGAUCAAAAAUUCAAAGGGUUUCGUUUUCUUUCCAUUCACCGCCUAGAGGCCAUUUACUAUUGAUGAGAAGACCGUGGACCCCUUGACGAUUUUAUAAAUAAAUAAAUAAAUGAAGAUAUUAUACGGGCCGUUUUAAUGGAUUGGAAGCUUGGAAAAUGUGGCAGUAGUGCUUGGAAUUGACAAACUACGGUAAAUAUUGAAAAAAGGUGGAAAAAUUUUUUUCAACAUUUUUUUUCUGAGAGAAUUGCGAAUAGUUUAGUUAUUUUUAUGAAUUUUGUCUAGAAAUUAAAUUUUAAAACAUACAAUUACUCCUCAGAAAGGCAAAAAAAUCGCUGAGGAAUUGAUAUAGGGCUUCUUAAAAAAUAAAACUUCAAAGCAAGCCUUCAGGUUCUAAAAUUUCUCGUUUAGACUUCCGAAAAGCCCCAAACUUUUUUCGUAACAUAAAUUGAGCUUCCAAAUUCUCCAAAAUUUUUCCUAAAAACCGUUCCUCUUCAAAAAUGUGUUGCAGAACGGGUAGAAUGAUGAAAAAAAAAACCGAAAAAAUGAGCAGUUCGAGGCAACAUUUAUGAGCCAUUCGAAGCCACCGAAAUUAGGCUCUUGGCCGAGUUGAGACUAAUGAGAAUGUGUGCCGCCGCCGCCGCAGUGAACCCUUCAAAACCGAUCAAAUUUAGUGAGUCGGCCGGGAAAUUGUGGGCAGAAAAUGAAAGAAAAAUCCUUUUUCUGAGUUGUAUAUACUUUCUUUUUUUGUUUUUUCUCAACAAAUUUUAAAGAAUUAUAAAAAAACCCAACGCGUAGUGGUUUAUGUGAUUAAUUGAAUCUUGCAAAAAUAACCGCUUCAUAGCCGCUACGCGUUGAGCCAUUCUCCGUGCGACCAAAAAAACUUACGGUCGAUAAAAUUGACCAAAAAAAGACACAGUAGUCCUAAUUUUCUUGUCGAAAAUCUGUUUCAAACCACAGGGCAUGUGCCUUUAAAUUUCGAUUACAUUGAUCAUUUGAUAACCCAUAAUUUAUAUUUGGACUAUAAAUUUGGUAAAUCAGCAAGUUUUACCGGAAUUCUGUACAGGCAAACCGGAAAAUGUCCUUUCUAAUUGACUCUAGGAGGAUCAAUGGGAAUUAACCAAAAAUUGGUCCUGAACCGAAUGACAAAAUACAGUAACCCUAGAUUAUUUUCAAAGCGGUUACUAGCUGACCGUGAAUGGAGUAUCUGCUAUAUUCCGACGAAUAAAUUCCAUUUUGAAGUCAAAAAAGCGAAAUUUCGAUUUUUUACCAAAUUUCUGAAAAUCUUCUAUCUUUGAUAAUGCUUUUCUCAACCGAAAAUCUCAAGAUUACGGUACCUUUUUUUCCCUUAAUCCUGUCGCCUUAAGCCGUAUAAAAUGACUAUUUUUGGGUCUUUCCGUGCACUUUUUUUCCCAUCGAUGAGAGUAUUGGGCAAUUAGAAAUGUGUACGUGUGAGAGUAAGUUUUUUGAUAAAGGCGUGAGAUAUUCGAGCGGCGAAAAGCUUAUCGGAUUCCCACAGGCUCGGCGGAGCACGUGAGGCUAUCCUAAUGAGCUCUUGCUCAAGCUUUUUUCGGAUUGGAAAGGAAAAAAAAUAUUGAGAAAAAAGUAUGAUUGAGGGGCUUAAUCUGUGUUAUCCUUGUGGUGGAUUUAUUGAUUGAUCCGAUUUUUUAUGGAAAUAUUCUUUGAAUAUUGUUUUUAAAGGGACUAAGAAAAGAAGUUCACAGUAAAAAUUAUUUUUAGAGAGCUUUAGUUCGAGCCUUUCGUUAUAAGCUGACGCACUAAAUGUCUUUAAAUUUUACACCAAAUAGCCAUCAAAAACGAAAUUUGAGCUUUUAUUUCACCCUGUAGGAAAUUUAAAAUCAGCUCGAAAUGAUGACGAGGUACUGUUGGAAAGUCUCUGAAAAAUAAAUUUUAUUUUCGAACUUUUAUUCUACCUGGCGCUUCUGCUUUUUUGUUGUUAAUAUUUUUCAUCCCUCUUCUAAAAAAAGAAAAAAAAAUUUUUCCUGAUUUCCCUUUUUAUUGAUUUUUCGUUGCUUUAAUCGAUUCAGAAGCUGUGCAAAAAGCGAAUUUUUUGAUUUUCCGCCUAUAAAAAAUCCUCUUUGAGCUUCAAACUCAGAAAUUGAAGCCCACCGAAUCAAACUAAAAGUGCUCUGCGGCCAAGCAAAUCGCCUUGAUUUCGUUCCAUUUUUUUUUUCUCCUUCGGGUCCAAGGGAAAUUCAAAUUUGCCUUCGAAUUUGAGGACGACGCGACUCUGACUUUUUCCCUCCUCGAAAACACGGACGUUUACGAAGGACGAAAAGGCUUAAGGCUUUGGGCAAAGCCUUCGCCUGAGGGGCCUUUCGGUUCUCACUGACUCAAAAGUUCAGGGAAUGGGGUAUUCCAAAGGGGUCGAUGAGGGAUCUAAUUAUCUUAUGUCGGUAAUUAGGAGCAUUUCAAUGGAAGCUGUUCUGUUAUAAAAAAUUUCUAUCUUCCCACUUCCAAGUGAAAUUUUUCAUAAUUAUCUUCGUUUGAAAGUUAAAGGUUAAGCUCUGAAUUCGGACAUAGGUCCCUUUUUUUCUUCGGAAAAACUCUAAUUUUCCCAUUUUCCAAUAAAUCUAAAGUCCUUACAAGGAAUAAAACUUCUAAACUUCCACCUAAAACUCCAAUCCAUUCUUGUUCAGCAACGUUGUUUCGGCUCAAACACAUCAUAAGCAAUUUAUCACGGCCAUUCAACAAACGGCCGUGUUUUCGAGAAACUGAAGAAGCUGAGGGGAAAAAAACGUUGAGAGAACAUGACACGACAAUUAACACACUAACUAUUCGCUCCAAUACAUCAACCUCAUUUUACACUCACUUUUCACCCACUCGAUCCAUCUUUUUCGCGUUUUCCGGGGCAUCCAAAACAAAUACUAUUUGGUUUUCGUACAGUGAGAUAAAUAUCUAGGUGAAAACUUUGCUUCGAAUAUUAUCUCUUGAAACUUCAAAGAUCCCAAAGAUAUGCCCAAAAACCUCGAACCCACUUGAGCUGGGGGAAAAAAAAGAAAAAAGAAGAACGGACAUGAGAACAGAAAGAACAGAACUUGCAUGUUCUGCGUCUUUAUCCGCCCAGGGGGAGCUUCUCCUCGACGUCGGCGGCGGCUUCCGUUCGUGCCGACGACUCGUUAGAAACCGCCGCUGAGAAAUCCUCUUCUGCUACUUUACUUUGACUUCAUACCCUUCAGAGGGAUGAAAAAUAAGCUGGAGACCAAGUUUUUGAUCCUUUCUGACCAGAUUUGAUGACUGGUUGAGAAAAACUCAUUUUUGAGCUCACAGGAAGAGAGUUUUAGAAUUUGAGGGGACCUUGGUUAGAUGUAUCACAGACGGAAAAGAAAUUCUGGGGUCAUGAUUUUUCCUGCACUGGAGGCCCAAAAAGGAGGUCUUAAUAAACCAAUCAAGAGAAAAAAUCAUCAAAUAUUACCCAGUUCCCUUUUCAAUAUCACAAAUCAAAGCCAAAAAAUCUCAAAAAAACUUUUUCUCAAGCGUUCUCAUGUAUCCAACAAGUUUCUAUAAACUCCAAUAAAAGUCAUGAAAUUUCAGCAAGACCUGGAAUUAUCAACAAAACCCUAUUCAGUAUCAGAAGCCCUGAGCCCACCCUCUCAAAAAUAGUCAUUCUGGCUGGAUUCUGAACCAGAAAAUUAGAUCAGAGAGUUGUAAGCGUCGCCUUCAAGCUUAUAGAACCCGCUUUUUCAACUGUUUCUCUAAAAAAUUGUUGGCUGGAGUACUAAAAUGGUCCUAUCUUUCCAGAUAAAGUAUCAAUCAAAGCAACUUCUAAGUGUAUAACGUUAUUCACCACAAUUUUGGGUCCCCGGAGACAUUUCCCGACUUAUGACGGAGACGUUGAUGAAAAAAGAAGACGUGCGGUCUUCGUCGACGUCGACGUCGUCGUCGAAGAGACGAGGAACAUGGAAUAGUGGAGGUCCCUGGAGACGGCCCCAUGUUUGUGUGCGCAUUUUCGAAAGGCGCGAAAUUCAAUCGCGGUCUCUUCUCUCCGCGUGCCGACAAAUCCCUGUUUUUCGUCGGGUCAUUUUUAGUGGACUACUCAGGGAGGCGCACGUUCUUCGAGGGUUGAAAAUGAAGCUUGCAACUUAUGGAAAAAAUAAUCACGUGAAAACUUGGUGAGAGAACCAAAAAAUGAUUUUUUGGAAUAAAAUCAAAAAUUAGAGGGAACUUUGAAAGAGGUUGGAGCCAACACGAUAAUUAAAAAUAAUUGAAAUUUUAUCAACAAGCAAUUAAACCGCAUAAUAGAACUUCUAAAUGUUCCUUCUGAACGGUAAAAAAAGCCUUAAAGUUAUGAAAAAUAGUAUUAAUUAUCCAUGGGUUAAAUUCAAAUCUUCAGCCUCAUCAUGAUUUUUCGAAGUUGAAACUCAUAAUUUCCAAAAAAUUGAAGCUCAACUUUCCGAAAUAGUCUAAUUUGUGGUCACCUCUGAAGUUUUCCUGUAUAUCGUCAUCAUUGUCCCUCAAUUUACGACUCUAAACUCCUGAUUAAAAAUUUUUUUUCCAAAAAAAAAUUGAAAAAAUACAUGUUCUUCGACCUUUUCUGUCACCCUCCAACCUUUAUCUUUUUAGAAUGUUCCAGGUAACGUCCUAAAUGAUUUUCGAAUAGGGUUCAAAAUUAAAUUAUCAUUUGGCUGAUUUUUGAAAUGACUGAAGAAAACUGAAAACUUCUUUAAAAAAUCGCCUCACUUCAGAGAUUUCCAUGUAUCCUUCGCUCUCACCCAACAGCUUCUUACCUUCCAGAAAUCUUCGAAAAACGCCUCAAAUGAUCUCUGGGGCACGUAAACUCGGUAAAUGGUCCAGGGGCCUUUUUCAAGUGAUUGGCUAAAAAAAAACACAGGUUUCCCAACUAUAAUUGCUCGACAAGAUCUCAAAUCCUUGACCUUUACUCUCAAACUUCAACAUCUUCCAUAGAACUUUCGAAACUCUUCAAAAAACGCCCCAAUUGAUCUCUGACUCGCGUUCAACUCGGCGGUAUUAAUUGGCUGUUUUGAUGAAGGGAGGCCUGGACGUCGACGGAAGUUUUGGUGGCAGUUUCCGGGGCUGCCUUUUUGGAGCAACACCAUUCCUCACUUCCAUUGACUCGCCUUCUUCCCCUCUUGCUCCCAAUAACACCGACUAAUAACAGGAAAAGGCAAUCAACUAAAAGCUACACGACAGGCGGCCUCUUGAGUUCUCUCCCACCGCUGACAUUUAUGCCUUUUCGGACCAAUUUCUUUUUCGUUCGAGGUUGAGGGGUUCAAAUCGAGCCUAAAAGCGGGAGUUUGAGGAUUUCAGUGUGGGUUUCCAAAGGGAUCACUCAAGGGUUAAUGUUUGAAAAUAAUGGUUUAAUCUGAGUAAUCCAAAAAAGGAAAUUUUCAAAGUUGAAUGAGGGUUGAAUUUAUGGAGAACACUAAAAAGAGCAAACUUUUUGUAAACAGCAAAAAAAUAUAAUUUUUAAAGUGGUCCCAAAAGGGAUUGAAGAUAGCUAAAAAGGAAGAAUUUUUCUUAUUUCAGGAAAAACUUCAGAAUAAAUUGAGGAAAGUCCAUUUUUGAGCAUCUGAUGGUCAUUCGAACUGAGAAAAAUUCAUGAAUUAAAAGACUUACUGAAAAAAAUUUUUUUGAACAUUUUUUUCUUUAAGUCUUCUAGAUAGGAAAAUAGCCUCCCAAAGUCGUUUCGACUGCGCUCCAUGGACAAUUUCAAUAUCUACAGUUUUUCAACAACUGUUUCCCAGUGUUUCCUCAAUCUUUCUAUGGAGCUCUUUUUUUACUAUUAAUAUUUCUAAAAUCUUCAAAGUCACUGAUUCAUCUAAUCUAAUAAGAAAAACUCACUUCCCGGAGCACUUUUUUCCAAUCUUUUCCGAUUUAACGCUUACUUGAGCCUCCUAAUUAAUCCGGAAGGUUUAUCUCAUCUCGAGUCCCAUUUCCAGAGCAUUUUUUCCUCACAAGACGGUGUGAAAAAUAAAAGAUUAACGUGGGUAACUGAGGGGGAAAACCUCCAUAUUUAGCGUGUGAAAGGGAAUUUUUCUAAGACGUCAAAGGUCCUUUCAGCGGGGAAAAAGAAAGCUUGUUUGAUUGGAGCGGAAUUGCUGACGAAAAAAAUAAGGUUGCUCUCGGAUUACCGCCUGGUACUUUGAUACGGAGGAUUUGAUUUCAAGGGACUUUAGAGUCUUCGAAUUUGUUGAGAGCAAAUGAUUUUUGAACCUUCCUUGUCUGGUAUCAAAAAUGACAAAAUCUUUUAAGAAAAAAGCGAUUCCAGGACUUCAAAAUAUAUCAGCUUGAAGCUAGUUUAAACUUCCUUUUAAAAUUGAUGAAGAAUUAUACCAGUGACACAAAAGCCAAUGGCGGCAUGCGGAAUGGCUCAAAGCGUAGCUUGAAUCUGCACCCGACUUAAAACGACUUGCGCAGAGGGACUUUGAAAAGCAUUAAAGAAAGCUUCAACGCGACCGCGCCGCUUUUAACCAUUCCAAAUGCCGCCGCGUUCACAGUAAAUAGAAAAUUUCUUGGAAGUAAAAAAUUCAGAAAAUUGAGUGAGAAAGCUUUCAAAAUUCAGCAACACAAUUUCAAAAAAAAGGUCGAUAACCAAUUUAUUUUUUUAACGAUUUUCUUAUCACUUUCCCUUUGACAUUUUUCCUCCCAAAUUAAUCUUCCGAAAGUUAUUUUCUUCAUAAAUUCCUUUCCUCCCCAUAUUCCUCACCAACCUCUCAACAACACUUUUAUCAAACCAAUCCAUCAAACGGCUUGGAAAAUCCCAUAAACUACUGGACCAAAAAGCUAUUAGCCCAGACUUUAUGCGUUGGUUGAUAUUCUUCCGAUUGGUUUUUUUUUUCUCCUUCUGUCAACCAAUUUUUAUAGCUUGGAAAAGUUUUUUUUUCCAUUCAUUCAAAGUGCGAUCUCAUUGGGGAAUGCAUUGGGCGAUGCAUUGGGAAGAGAAAAGAAGCCGAGAGGUACAAAAAAAUUCCGAUUCUGUUGAAAGGGUCGAUAUUUUAAAUAUUCUGUUGGAAAAACCCAACUUGUUUCUUAUACAUAUUUUUUUCAGUUACUUCGCGUUGAUCGUCUUCGGGACAGUACUCGUCGCUUCAUUAUGUGUGAUUUUCAUGGCGAUAAUUUGCAAGCGGAUACCCGGAUGUCCAAUGUAUAGGAAUAUUCAAUGUAAGUUUUUUUAAAUGUUCAUUUUCUUUGAAGAGAUUUGAGCUCCUUCCUGCGCCUUUAAAAGCCUCAAUAAGGAUUUAUAGAUUGACUAACAGGGUGUCCUAAAGUACCUAUCUACCAAGUUUCAUCAAACUCUCAACCCACCACCUUUUGCACUCACCGUAAAUAUAUAGUCGAUUCACGGACAACUUGGGACGGUGAGAGGGCGUGGCCUGUCUGAGCUCUCCACCAACCAUUCACUGUCUCUUUUAUUAUCGUGUCAGGACCCAUUUUGUGAUGGUUCAAGCCAGUCGUGAAUCAGCUAUAUAAAACUACUGAACUAUUUAUUGAACACCCAGCGUCUCUCUACGCCUUCAAAAACUUUAUAAAGCAGUUGUGAAAAAGUAGUCUCAGUCCUACAGAGAAGCCCUGAAAAACUGAAAAUUCUUCCUGUGCUUUUAAAAAUCCAAAAAUGUGUUAUUACUAAAUGUGAAAAAAGCUAUAAUUACUCCGAAGAUAUUAUUUUAAGCCGUCGUGACUUUAUAUACUCUGAACAGACUAGCAAAGUUCAAAAAAAGACUUCAAAACUGCUAAAAACCGCCAAAAAUUCAGCCAAAUAGUUCGUUGGAGCGCAUUUUCAAGUAAAAUAAAAGCUAUAGUCACAUCAAAAAACUCUCAAUUAAAACUUUUUACAGUAAUGUCCCACCCAACGGAACCAACGUCGGGAAUGUACAGACCGGUGGACACGAUUCCGCCAAAAAUGUAUGAAGGUGAGGUUUUUUUUUUGGAAAAUACAGGAGAACUAGUCUUUUGGUAUCAUUGAUUGUUCAAAGAUCCAUAGUUUUAAGCUUAAAAAUGAGCUUUUUUAUUCUAAACUCCAUAAUUCCCAGUCGAAACUUGGGCAUCAGAAAGAUAAGACGAAACGAACUUUUUCUAGAAAAUUGACGCUUUUUCCACGAUAUUCAUAAUCUUACGCCAAAUAAGCGUUUCCCGUCAUUUUUUUUAGGUUACGGUAGUUUUCUCUCGUUUUAAUUCGAAUGAGAAACUUUUUGUCAGGGAAACGGAAGGAUUUUAUGAAAAAUGGGAAGUAUGGUGCGGAAAAUCGAGAUGACGAUCAAAGAGCAAAUUAAUGUAUCAUCGCUUUUCCAUCUAAAUUAUGGAAAAGUUUUUCAAAAGACUAGAUUUUUCUGUCGGAAAUUCAGUAAAUAAUAUUGAUGGCCGCGUUCUAGUGGAGCUUAGUAGUAAAAAAAAAAUUAAGCAGUUUGUUUUUGUUACGAGGUUCCAAUGAAACGCUCUUAAAAAACCACGAAAAUUGACAGUUUCGGCAAUUUUUGACUUUUUCAUUGAUCAUUAAAAAUGUUCACUACGAAACACCCGUUAGAACCACAACCAUUUUUUCUCAAACUAUCAAUCAUUUCUAGAAUGAAAAAGCCCGAAAUUGUUCCUGAUAUACCGUACGUUUCACUCAGACUACAAAAAUCGAUAAUUUCUAGCAAUUUAUUCUGGGAAAAAUUUCUACGACGUUUUAGAACAAUAUUAUCUCUCAUUAUACUUAAAAAUCCUUUCUCAAAAAAUUCUCAAAAUUGAUUGAUUACAAAAACGCUCCAAUAAAACCUUGCUGCCCAUCAAUAUUCUUCAAAAAGCGAAAAAAAAACGCCUCAGAACGCAGACGCAACAACUUUUCUGAGCCAUGUCAUGUCGGGCAAGAAUUUUGAUGAAUUGCCUGACCCCCGGAGACGUCGGCGUUUUGAUAAAUCUGCCCAAAUUGAAUCCUUCUUUUUUUCUCUUUCCUCUUUUCUUACACGUCCCUGGGGCCUUCCGCGUUGUCAGCCGCGUCUUUUUCUCGGGUUUUUGAGUGAAAAGGGAAAUUAAAUCCGAUUUUGGUUGCUUUCAAGGACAUUGAAAGCUGGUCCGGUUUAUUCUAAGGUCGUUGGGAGGUAAACUAAUUAUUUAUGAAGCAGUAGUAAAAGUACUAAAAUUUCUAAUUUGAGAUUUUGUGAAAACUUCGAAUAUACUGCGUUGAAAAAAAAAAUCGAAAUCGAAUAAUAUUGAUUUCACAAGUUUUUUCAUGGUUUUUUCUCGAAAAAGAGCGUGUAAAAUCAGAUCCUGGCCGAGAUUUUUCUAGCAAAUCUUGAAUAGUUUGAAAAUUGGACCAAUUUCCCGCUUAAAGGUGUACAAAAUUACAGAAGGUUAAAACUUGUUUCACCAUUUUCAAAUCUUAAACUGAAGAAAUUUCUUCAAUUAAAAAUCCUGAAUGGAAAUUUUGACCUUAAAAUGAACCGAAAACCGUAAAAAAACCAAAAAUCCUCGAUUUUUCCGCGUUAAGUGUAGUUUAGUAACCAACCGUUCUAUUAAAUUUCUGAAUUCAUGAAAAAUUCGCUCGAAAAUCUUUCCUUUGAGGCUAAGUAAAAUAUUUGUAUCAAAAAAAUUUUUGAGAUCAUUUUUCUGAAAAUUGAAGCUUUAAUCGUUCAGAAACCCAUUAUCUAUCGAGUUAAUGAACUCUGACUCUCCAAACAAAACAAAAAAGUAGGGACAGGAAAAAGAUGAUGACGGAGCUCAUUAUGGUCGGCGCUCUACUGCGAAUUUAAUUAAAAGGCAGCCUAUUUUUUUUCUCUCGAGAAGCCGAAAAAAAGAAACUAUUGUUCUCUCUAACUUUAGCUUCCUUCUGAGGGAGUUUGAGGGGUGAAAGUUCGAAUAGAACUAUCCAAAAAUUCUGAUGAAUGGAUAUGCCUUUGAAAAUGAAGCUUUAUUUCCAAAAAAAAUAAAAAAAUUUACAUGAAAAUGUUUAAAAAGUGGAAUUAUUAUUAAAUAUCUGUGAUUUUCAGCUCCACCGCCGUAUGAAUGCUUCGUGCCUCCGCCCGUUUUGGAGAACAACGAUUGGAAUUGUAUUCUUGAAAACGAGGUCAGUUUUCUAAUCAAAUUUAGUGUUCUGUUAAAAAGAAAAAAUCUCAAUUUUCGUGGCGAUUCAGCCUUAAAAGUGAAUCGAAUUGGUAAUUUCUUUUUGGCUUAUUCCUAAGGUUGCACCCGACCUUGAGCGACUUUCUUUGAGCUAUGAUAAACGAUGCCCCCACGCCAAAGUAGUUUUUUGAAGGGCGGUAAUUCAGAUGCUACUCCCAGGACCUUUUAGUAUAAAAACUAAGACUUCGCCCAUGACGAUUUUGAAAAAAGGUACUACUGGAAGCCAAAGCUGAGGAAAACUACUAAAAAGGGCUCUUCAGAAGAUUAUUUCCGGUUCCUUCUUAACCUAGCCGAAUCACAAUCAUCUAAGGAAAAAAAACUGUCUGUGCUCUCCCCUAACGUGACACUAUCUCUUCUCUAUCGUGUCAGGACCUUUUUGCGAUGGCUCAAGUCAGCCUUGAAUCGCCUAUAUAGUCCGUCCGCCUUGAAAGUUUUCGCAUGUCUGCAUCUCUCUGUUCCCUUACCGGCAAGGUCAGAGAAACAUGGGAAUAACACGUAAACAUGAGAGGGACGUCGAGAGAUGAGGAGUGCGCAGAGAAGUUUCAAGUCGCGAAAAUGGACUUCAUCUUGAUUAUUCGUGCAUUAAUAGAUUUAAGAACUUAAAUAGGUAUACCAAAAAGAUUUCUAGGACCAAUAUAAACUGAUAAAAAUCGCCCAGUCACAAAAAAAACCCGCGAGCCAUUCCAAUGCGACCAUCCCACGUUAAAACAAACAAUUUUCCAGGUGAACGGCUCAAGAAGGACACCGCCACAAGUUUCAUAACCUAUGAAAUUAUUUUCAUCAUUUUUUUCCAAGCUAUAUGUAUUUUUUGCGAACUUUCCGGGUUUCACAAUCUUUCAACGAAGUCCUCUUUUUCAUGUUUAUUUCUAAUUAUCGCACCGCUCAGAGCUUUUUCUUCAGACUUGUGUUUUGUGUUUCAUGUUAUGUGAUAAAUUUUCGUGCGAAAAUAGGGAGUUGUUUUUUGUAUUUUUUUUUUGUUUGAAAUAACUGGGAAAACUUUUAGUGACCACUUAAGGGUUUUGACAUUUUAGUGUUCACUGUAGUAGUCGAUUCAGUGACCACUGAAUUGACUAAAACUUAGUAUAAGACCCCUAGAAAAACUGCUCUUGUGACAACUUAGCCACAGAAUGGCUUCUAAAGAGGCGGAUUUAGUGGCCACUUUAGUGUCCUCUCCAAGUUAUCCUUGAUGAGCCUCUUAAGCGACCACUAGAGUUUUUCCCAGAACAAUAAGUUUUCUAUUUUUGCACAUUACUGUACACCGAUUCUACAAUGCGCUUCCAGCCUGAUAUUUGUGAUUCUACUUUUUUUUUGGUUAAUGAUAAAUUUUUAUUUCUUUUUGGUUUUUUCAAGAUCUGUUAAAACAGACUCAAAAAACACGUAAAAAGUUCAUCUCUUAUAAAAUUAAAGAAAAACGUCAUUUCAAAGACAUUUAUUCUCAAAUUCGGCUCGAAAGUGCUACGGAGCAAUUCACAUUAGGUAUAUUUUCCAUCAAAUUUUCAAAAUUUUAUUCAACUAAAUUUCAUUUAAAAUUGAGAGAAUUUCCGUACCGCUAAAUUAUUCAAAGAAACCCACAUGAGAGCAAAACAUUGGGGAUGCUGUACCUCAAGUUUCUCUUAAAACGUUUUUGAAUAUGAAAGUUUUUUUAUCAUAUAAAGUUAAACAUCAAACAAGCCUCCAAGAAAAAAAAAGAAGAAGAAGAAGGAUUUAAAAAAAAAAGGAGCGCACCUUUUUGGGCUCCUUUUUUGCAUUGCAAGUCGAUUUACGGCUCCAAGAGUCCCGCCUUUUUUCGAUUUCUCUUUUGUGCUCCAUUUUUUGAUUUCGCUCCUUGAAAAUCUUUAUUGAAUCAUUUGAAAAAAAAUUUUCAAUAUUGGAUUGGUGAAUCUAUUGAAAAAGCUUCGAGGACAAGUUUUGAUAUUCUGAAAAAGAACUUAUGAAAAAAUUGAAAUCAAGACUUUAAAAAAUUUUCCAAAUUAAUCCGAAUUUUCAAGGUGAGUCUUAUUAUGACAGAAUCAUUCAAUUGUGUUUACGAAAAUUUGUUCAAAAAAAUCACGAAUCCAAAACUGAAAGAAAAUUCUAAUUAAAUAAGUGGUUCAAUACUUUGAAUAACGCAAGUACAAAGGGAAAACUUCAAGUCUUUCUUGACAACAAUCAAAAAAAAAAAAUAAUUAAACGAUUUAUCGCACAAAAAUCAAGAAAAAACUUUGAUAGAAUUUAUAAAAUCUAGUCGUGAUGAAUGAAGUCGCCCCUUUUCCAGAGAUUAUCUGAAAACACGUAGUAUCAAUGCGUUAUAUUUUUAAAAGAAGACGAUAAGUCUGGAAGAAAAGUGAAAAGGAUAGGAAAAUAGCUAGAUCAUUGGCCGCCAAUUUUAUUAGUUCUUUUUCCUGGUCCUCUUCUGAUAAAUUAAUGAACAACGGUGAUUCUGACUCAUUUAUUUCAAAAAAUUAUGGGACCCAACAUAAAAUUUUCAAGCUAGAAGUUGAGAAAGUGUUUUCAGGAAAUGGCCGAUGCAAAAGAAGACAUUUUCAAAUUCCCCGAAGUGCCAGACGAACUUAAAUCGGUGAUACAAAAACCGGCGCAGGCCCCUUCUCCAGGCAAAGGCGAACGGUAAAAAAAAUGGAAGAAAAAAUCAAAAAGUGGAAAAAAUAGAGGUCACUGGUGUUUUCAAUGACUGUUGACCCUGAUAAAUUUCGGGCUCCGAUAAAUUUUUUUAUUUCCCGCCCUCAAAAUGCGCCCAGCUGCUAUUGGGAUGUGCAAAUAAGGAUGUGAUUUUGAGAUUUUUUGUUUUUUUUUUCACAUCGAUGGCGUUUUCGAACUGAAAUAAGUCAUUUGCGGCACAAAAUUCCAAGUUUUUCACUGAAAAAAAGUACUCAAACUAAUUUUGAUGGUGAAAAGGAAUAAAAGCGUUCAAAAAAUAAGAAAAACUUUCAAUCAAAUGUUUUUUUGUCAACUAAAAAAGGGAUUGUGAAAGGAUCAAUUUUUUUCACGUCUAUUGUUUUGAAAAAACGCUGUUUUUGGAAGAAAAAAAUUAUUUUCGAAUUUAAUGAGUAUACAAGUUAGCGUCGUUCUGUGUAUGCCCAAGUACGUCAAAUAUUACGGAAAUUGAGGGAGGAGCGUCGUCAAAAGAGCGCCGUGAUGUGCUACAAAACGAAAAAUCGUGUUCAUGUUAACAUUUCCCAAUCAAUUAUUUUUACUUUGUAUCAAUAAAUGUAUCUUCAGAAAUGCUGUACCAGGCGAUCUAAAGCCUGACAUUUUUGCCUUCCCGGAACCUCCAGAUGAGCUGAAAUCGGCCAAACAGCCUCAAGUUCAUGUUCCCGUAACACCGCCGAAUCCAAGGACUCCCCAAAAGUUUGUUUCGAAAAAUGAAAACGCAUUUUGUAGGGCAUUUUAUUGAUUUUUUGAAAAUAUUUGAAGAUGUUUAGGAAAAAAAUUUUUUAAAAAACGUCGAAUUCUUUAAGAAGUUUGGAUUCUUCACUUUAAAAUUUUUGAACUUGCACUCAAAUACUCAAUUUACGUUUUUCGAAUUCGUGAAAUUUUGAAAUUUCUACUCAUUUCAAAGAAGAAAAGUACAAUUUUCGCCAAUUUUCGUCUUUAGUGUGAUGAAAGUGAUGACUUCAGGGAAAAACCUCCGCCCAAACAGACAAUCGAAAUCGUAAUCAUAAACAAUAAACAGCCCUCAAGUGAGAAUGUGGCCGUCGCUUUGAAAGUGACCGAGCCGCCAAAAAAUGAAGAAGCCCCGUCUCAGGCGCCUGUUCGAGGCGAUAAGAAAAAGAAGAAGAAUAUUUCCAGGGUAAUUUUAUCUUUUUUUUUUUCUCAAGAACUUUUUUUAGUCGGUAAGUGAAGAAGAGGAUAACAAAAAAGUGCAUGCGUGCGCUUCGGUGGAAAGGGCUCGUCCUAAGAAUAAAAGGUUUGUUCGAAACGAAAAUUGAUAGGAUUCUUAUAACCUAUUCCUUUUUUACUCCAAAAGAUACCGUAUACCAAAUUUGACUAAAAUUCGCUACAACACCUUCGUUUUUUGCAGUUUUUAAAGCAAAUUUUGAGCAUUUUUUUCUGCUUUUCUUUUAAAAAGUGCCCAUCACGCGCGGAACAAACUAUAACUGAACUUGCAUGGGAAUUUUCAUAUUUCUUGAACUUGAAAAUCAAAAAUAAUCGAUUUGUUUCAGAAAGGAUCUCGUGAAGCGAAUUAAAUCGUUCAUAAAUGAAAAGAAGCGAUCGAAAGAAGAUGUGACUCAACCGGAUAAAUGA